UCGAAAUCGCUUGGCUCGAAUUCCUCGUUGGCUCGAACUGAAUGUAAAGGGCCGAUUUCUUUAUCCUGAAGGUAAAUGGUUCCGCUUGACUCGAUUUUUCCGAGGCUCGAGGUAUUUUCGCCGGUCCCUGGGAGUUCAAGCGAACGGGUGUCGACUGCAUUUCUUUAUUGCAAUGUUAUGGGCUGCUGUAUAAAAGAAAUAACAUUAGUAAAAUGUGCAUUAUAUUGUUAUUAUGUGAGGUUUAUAUGAUAGUGAGUGAUCAAACCAGGGUACGUUGACAGAUAUAUCCCAAGGUAUCACAAGGAAGCGUAUAUUUCAUAUACUGGUGAUGCGUUCAUGUAGUAUGGAAGCGUAUAUGGUAAAUACUAAUGAUGUGAUCACAGAGGAUGGAAGCGUAUAUGGUAAAUACUAAUGAUGUGAUCACAGAGGAUGGAAGCGUAUAUGGUAAAUACUAAUGAUGUGAUCAUAGACAUGGAAGCGUAUACAGGAUAUAUAGCCCGGGUGUGUCGUUUCUCCGAAUUGCGCUACAUACAAUUUUAGCCUACAGUAAAAGGACCAAUUAGAACACCUCGGCCGUUAUCCAACAUAUAUGACAUCGGAAAUAAUAUAGGUCUUUAAAAAUAGUCCCUCAUGGUGGGGCUGAAAACUUUUAUGUGUUUUCAAUCUUCAAGGGACAUAUUUGAUAUUUUAGGAUAGAGAAUAUCAAGCUGUUUUUCUUUUAAUUUAAAAUUUAUUUCAAGUUUCUCCAAAGCGUAAUUGAUACACGGAUCAAAAACAACACUUAAGUUCAUUGUUUACGUUAUGGAGUGGGUCUACUUAGCGUAAUGAUAACUGAGUUAAUCGCCCUGAAGCCUAUUUAUGAGGUAAAUCCCAAAGCUUGCCGGAGAUGGCCGAGUUGUUACGAUUAUAAAAGUACCAGGAAGUAGAAGCGCGGUUAAGUUGGUGCGUCAUAUCCGGAAGUGGUCUAGAGUCCCGGAAUGCCUGAGAGGUUGCACAAAUGGCUUCCCGUGACCAUAGCCAUCUACCUUCCAGUCUCCUUCAUCAUCACAUAUUCAAUAGCAGUGGCCAAUGGAAACGUUGCGGCCGGCUUUCCGUACAUUAGCGACACAGGAACCACACCACCGGAAAGUUGCGUCUUUGGGCAGCUCAUGAAUAUUGGGGCCGUUCUUGAUGGCGUUAUAAUCUACAUCCGGUACCGUCAAAUCCAGCACUUCUACGAGGAACCACAAUGUCCCAAGGGCAUGAAACGCCUCAACACCACCGCCUACGUCAUUGGCAUUCUUACGGUCAUUGGCGUUAGUGUAGUUGGAAAUUUUCAGGAGACCAACGUGAGAGUCGUCCAUCUACUCGGUGCUUCAUUGGCGUUUGUCGUCGGCUUUGUUUACUUUUUGCUUCAAACUGUCAUCAGCUUUAAAGUUAAAGGUCUGAAAAUAUCCGGAAAUACCGACAACCUUCGGCGCUUGCGGGUUUUGCUGAUCGUCUUAGACAUCAUCUUUUUGCUGCUAGUUGGAAUAUUUGCGGUACUGGUUAAAAUGAAGGCGGCAGGGCAAAACAUGCCAAGCAGGAAAUGGUCAACAAAUAACCCAGGUUAUAGUGAACAUCUAGUGACUACAAUAUCAGAAUGGCUGGUCGCGUUCGUGUCUGUGAUAUAUUUUUCAACAUUUUACACAGAAUUCAAACAUUUUAGUUGGAGGCCGCCGAAAGUGGAGUACGAUAAUACCACCGACACCACCUUAAACGCUAUAAAUGUUAGCACACUUACUUGAGUCUUUCUCACAUAUUUUAAGUGUUGUUCACGUAUAAUUGUCUAAUUUUGCAGUAUGCUAUAAACUAUAAGUGUAAAGCAUAAUGUUCAAAACUAAAGUUUAGUUUGUACCUUGUUUAAUAAUAGCAAGGCUGAUCAUGAGGUGGAGUGUAUGCAUAACCUUGAAAGUUGUGUAUAUAAUCAAUGAAUAUUUUACAUAUUUUUUUAUUUUACGUUUUAUUUUACAUAAGUUGACAUGGACGUGUUUUCAAGAAAUACCUAAGGUUUUGUAGUUACAUGUAGAGUGCGUGAUGCAAUAACAUUGGGAAAAGGCAUGCUCUCAAAUAUCAUUCGGGUUUCAUGUUAUGCUUUGUCCAAUUUUUUGUCCAAACAGUUUAAAACAGAAUUGACAUAGUAAUAUUCAAAACGAUUUUCUAUUUAGUUCGAAUAUUUUGUUAUAUAAUACCAUCGUUAAACAAUUGUAUAAAUCUGCUUUGACUUGUGUUAUCAUUGAAGGAGUUCAUAAACCAACAACCUAAGUGUUAUAUGAUAAUA